GCAGCCCUUCUCUUCCGAGAGGAUCGUCUCUAGAGUGGCUUUGCAUCCCCGGCCACUUUUUGAGGUUUUCCAGGGGGCGCUUGGCAGCAUCCCGGAUUCCUGCGGGACCAGUCUCCGAGCGUGGGGGACCCGUGUGGCGGGCCAGCCGAGAAAGCCUCCAGGCUUUAGCGGAGCCUCGCUCGGAAGCAAGAACUUAUUCAACAAGUUUACCCCCCUGCUUUUCUCUUUUCGAUGUGCGUUUUCGGACAUGCGGAGGUUACUGGAACCGUGUUGGUGGAUUUUGUUCCUGAAAAUCACCAGUUCUGUGCUCCAUUAUGUGGUGUGCUUCCCGGCAUUGACUGAAGGCUAUGUGGGGGCCAUGCAGGAGAGCAGACAGGGCAGCUCCGUGCAGAUCCGCAGGCGCAAGGCGUCCGGAGACCCCUACUGGGCAUACUCGGGCGCCUAUGGUCCUGAGCACUGGGUCACAUCCAGUGUCAGCUGCGGGGGCAGCCAUCAGUCCCCUAUAGACAUUUUAGACCACCGUGCACGUGUCGGCGAAGAAUACCAGGAACUUCAACUUGAUGGAUUUGACAAUGAGUCCUCUAACAAAACCUGGAUGAAAAACACAGGGAAAACAGUUGCUGUCCUUCUGAAAGACGACUAUUUUGUGAGUGGUGCUGGACUGCCUGGCAGAUUCAAAGCUGAGAAGGUGGAGUUUCACUGGGGCCACAGCAACGGUUCAGCCGGCUCAGAGCACAGUGUCAACGGCCGGAGGUUUCCUGUGGAGAUGCAGAUUUUCUUUUACAACCCAGACGACUUUGACAGCUUUCAAACGGCAAUUUCUGAGAACAGAAUAAUUGGAGCCAUGGCCGUAUUUUUUCAAGUCAGUCCGAGGGACAAUUCUGCACUGGAUCCUAUUAUCCACGGGUUGAAGGGCGUCGUACAUCAUGAGAAGGAGACCUUCCUGGAUCCUUUCAUCCUCCGAGACCUCCUGCCCGCGUCCCUGGGUAGCUACUACCGGUACACAGGCUCCUUGACCACCCCGCCGUGUAGUGAAAUCGUGGAGUGGAUUGUCUUCCGGAGGCCUGUUCCCAUCUCCUACCACCAGCUUGAGGCUUUUUAUUCCAUCUUCACCACGGAGCAGCAAGAUCACGUCAAGUCAGUAGAGUACCUGAGAAACAACUUCCGACCACAGCAGGCUCUGAAUGACAGAGUGGUGUCGAAGUCCGCUGUUCGAGAUGCCUGGAAUCAUGACCUAGCCGACUUCUUGGACAACCCACUAGGGACAGAAGCCUCUAAAGUUUGCAGCUCUCCACCCAUCCACAUGAAGGUGCAGCCUCUGAACCAGACGUCACUGCAGGUGUCCUGGAGCCAGCCGGAAGCCAUCUACCACCCGCCCAUCAUGAAUUACAUGAUCUCCUACAGCUGGACCAAGAAUGAGGAUGAGAAAGAGAAGACAGUCACUAAGGACAGUGACAGGGACUUGAAGGCCACCAUUAGCCAUGUGUCACCCGAGAGCCUUUACCUGUUUCGAGUGCAGGCCGUGUGCCGGAACGACAUGCGCAGUGACUUUAGUCAGACCAUGCUCUUUCAAGCUAACACUACCCGAAUAUUCCAAGGGACCAGGAUUGUGAAAACAGGAGUGCCGACAGCCUCUCCUGCCUCUUCAGCAGACAUGGCCCCCAUCAGCUCGGGCUCUUCUACUUGGACAUCCUCUGGCAUCCCCUUCUCAUUUGUUUCCAUGGCAACUGGCAUGGGUCCUUCCUCCAGUGGCAGCCAGGCUACAGUGGCCUCUGUGGUCACCAGCACACUCUUGGCAGGCCUGGGCUUCGGUGGCGGUGGCAUCUCCUCCUUCCCCAGUGCUGUGUGGCCCACACGCCUUCCCACUGCAGCGGCAGCCAGCAAGCAGGCAGGGAGGCCAGUCCUCGCCACUACCGAGGCCUUAGCUGCCCCAGGGCCUGAUGGCGACUCGGCUCCUACAAAGGACAGCGAGGGCGCAGAGGAAGGGGAGAAGGAGGAGAAGAGCGAGAGUGAGGACGGAGAGCGGGAGCAUGAGGACGAGGGCGAGAAGGACUCUGAGAAGAAGGAGAAGGCUGAGGCCACCCAUCCAGCGGAAGAGAGGAACCGGACCGCUCCUGCUCCGACGCCUUCUUCCCCUCACAGGACUGCAGAGGAGGGAGGACAUCAGACUGUACCUGGGCGCAGGCAGGACCACUCUGCCCCUGCAACAGACCAGCCAGGCCGUGUUGCCCCAGGCUUGGAUCCCAGUGAGGACACAGCCACCCAAGUGCCCCCAACAGCCACAGAGGAACAUUAUUCAGGGAGUGAUCCCCAGAGGCCCGAAAUGCCAUCUAAAAAGCCUAUGUCCCGAGGGGACCGAUUAUCCGAGGAUAGCAAAUUCAUCACUGUUAACCCAGCCGAGAAGAACACCUCUGGAAUGAUAAGCCGCCCCUCCCCGGGGCGGAUGGAGUGGAUCAUCCCCCUGAUUGUGGUCUCAGCCUUGACCUUCCUGUGCCUCGUCCUUCUCAUCGCUGUGCUCGUCUACUGGAGAGGGUGUAACAAAAUAAAGUCCAAGGGCUUUCCCAGACGUUCCCGUGAAGUGCCUUCUUCUGGGGAGAGAGGAGAGAAGGGGAACAGAAAAUGUUUUCAGACUGCUCAUUUCUAUGUGGAAGACAGCAGUUCACCUCGGGUGGUCCCCAACGAAAGUAUUCCUAUUAUUCCCAUCCCGGAUGACAUGGAAGCCAUUCCUGUCAAACAGUUUGUUAAACACAUCGGUGAGCUCUAUUCUAAUAACCAGCAUGGAUUCUCGGAAGAUUUUGAGGAAGUCCAGCGCUGUACAGCUGAUAUGAACAUCACUGCAGAACAUUCCAAUCAUCCAGAUAACAAGCACAAAAACAGAUACAUCAACAUUUUAGCAUAUGAUCACAGUAGGGUGAAGUUGAGACCUUUACCAGGGAAAGACUCUAAGCACAGCGACUACAUCAAUGCAAACUAUGUCGAUGGUUACAACAGAGCAAAAGCCUACAUUGCCACCCAGGGACCUUUAAAGUCGACAUUUGAAGAUUUCUGGAGGAUGAUCUGGGAACAGAAUACAGGCAUCAUCAUUAUGAUUACAAACCUUGUGGAGAAGGGGAGGAGAAAAUGUGAUCAGUAUUGGCCAAUGGAGAAUAGUGAGGAGUAUGGAAACAUUAUUGUCACACUGAAGAGCACAAAAGUACAUGCCUGCUAUACUGUUCGUCGUUUUUCAGUCAGAAAUACAAAAGUGAAAAAGGGCCAGAAGGGAAACCCCAAGGGUCGUCAGAACGAGAGAACAGUGAUCCAGUAUCACUACACACAGUGGCCUGACAUGGGAGUUCCUGAAUACACUCUCCCUGUCCUGACCUUUGUGCGGAGGUCAUCAGCAGCCCGGAUACCAGACAUGGGCCCGGUGCUGGUGCACUGCAGCGCUGGUGUGGGCAGGACAGGCACCUACAUCGUAAUGGACAGCAUGCUGCAGCAGAUAAGAGACAAAAGCACAGUCAAUGUCCUGGGGUUCCUCAAGCAUAUCAGGACACAGCGCAACUACCUCGUCCAGACUGAGGAGCAGUACAUUUUCAUUCACGAUGCCUUGUUGGAAGCCAUUCUUGGAAAGGAGACUGAAGUAUCUUCUAGUCAGCUGCACAGCUAUGUUAACAGCAUCCUCAUUCCGGGGGUAGGAGGAAAGACGCGGCUGGAAAAGCAGUUCAAGCUGAUCACACAGUGCAAUGCAAAGUAUGUGGAAUGCUUCAGUGCCCAGAAGGAGUGUAACAAGGAGAAGAACAGGAACUCCUCUGUUGUACCGGCCGAGCGUGCUCGAGUGGGACUUGCACCAUUACCCGGGAUGAAAGGAACAGACUACAUUAAUGCUUCCUACAUCAUGGGCUAUUACAGAAGCAAUGAAUUCAUUAUAACCCAGCACCCUCUGCCACACACUACGAAAGAUUUCUGGAGGAUGAUUUGGGAUCAUAACGCACAGAUCAUUGUCAUGCUGCCAGACAACCAGAGCCUGGCAGAAGAUGAGUUUGUGUACUGGCCAAGUCGAGAAGAAUCCAUGAACUGUGAGGCCUUUACUGUUACCCUUAUCAGCAAAGACAGGCUGUGCCUGUCUAAUGAAGAACAAAUUAUCAUCCAUGACUUUAUCCUUGAAGCUACACAGGAUGACUAUGUACUGGAAGUUCGGCACUUCCAGUGCCCCAAAUGGCCCAACCCAGAUGCCCCCAUAAGCAGUACCUUUGAGCUGAUCAACGUCAUCAAGGAAGAGGCCUUAGCACGGGAUGGUCCCGCUAUCGUUCAUGACGAGUAUGGAGCAGUUUCUGCAGGAAUGCUAUGUGCCCUUACCACGUUGUCCCAGCAGCUAGAGAAUGAAAAUGCUGUGGAUGUCUUCCAGGUGGCAAAAAUGAUCAAUCUGAUGAGACCUGGAGUAUUCACAGACAUUGAACAAUACCAGUUUGUCUACAAAGCAAUGCUCAGCUUAGUCAGCACUAAAGAAAAUGGAAAUGGUCCCAUGACAGGGGACAAAAAUGGUGCUGUGCUAACUGCAGAAGAGUCAGACCCUGCCGAGAGCAUGGAGUCUCUGGUGUGACCGGACCCCAGAAAGGGCGCUUCAUUUGUAAACUUCUGAGACUUGUAAAGACAGAACUUUUUUGAGGCCUUUUUUGCCAGACUCUAGGUUAUACAAUAACCCAGUUACUUUUUUACACUGAUAAAAGUUUUGAUAUUUAUUUUUUGCCAUUUUAUGUCUUAAUGGUAUCCUACUGAGCAUUUGCACCUCUUCAUUUCACACAGUGAAACGCAAGUUUACCUAGUUUGCACUAUAUGAUCAGUGUUACUGCCUAUAAUCUAAUGCUACAGCAAACCCUGAUGUGACAUUCCAUGACAACAUACAUGCUACUAUUGUUUCCGUGCAGUGAAGGUCUUCGUUAUGACAGUGAAUCUCAGUUUUGUUGUUAUUCUAAAGCAACUGCGUUUCCCCCGCAGGCAGCCCUGUCCUUUCUCAGUCUCCCUCUAUUUUUAGGCACUGUUCAGUACUACAUGCCUUCUGUUUCCAUGGCGUGGAUGGGCACUGUUUCCUUUUGCAGGACAGCAGGUUGAUGGGAGCCCUAAGAAGUCUGUUAAUGUUAGUUCCAUUUGUAGUGGUUGAGGACUCCACUGAGAAGUAAAGAGGGCUUAAGAGUUGCUUCAUGUGAACAUCUCUUAUUAGUUAUCAAGUUAUAUCCACAGUUGAAAUGUGUCAAAAUAAAGAAUCAUUCUGUAUUACAGAUUUCACAGUAGCUAUGUGAACAGUGUGUGUUAUUUCCACUUUGACUCUGAAGUAGCUACACUCUAAAAUCGGGGCUGUCUUUUACAAUGGAAAGGUGGCAGGCACUAUUUCAUACAACUGACUUAGGACACCCUUUAGUUAAUCUCCACUAAGGCUUUUUGGUAUAUAGUACCAUACCUCACUGUAGCUACAACAACAGAAAAAAACAGUUAUUUAAAUUUAAAUGUAGUGUUCAAAAACCCCCUACUAACUACUCCUAUAGCAAUCUAAUAAAAAAAAACUACUUAUAGACAGCA